AACAAGCCUCAAACCCAAAAAUGAAGCUUCCAUCUCUCUCUAUUGAAACCCAUAAACUGAUUCGGACCUGAAUUUAGCCAACCCAUCAGUCGGCGGUGGAGGUCUGUAGGCGUUUUUCGACGACGAAACUUUGUUUACCCAAGUCGUAGAUACCCAAAUCUUCUCCGUUCCUAAGCCCUAGAUCCCCAAAUCUCCUCCAUUGACAAGCAAGAAAAGGUUAUUAGCUCUUCGCGGUGGCCUAAAGCAGAAGUUGAAGCUUUGAUCAGGCUUAGGACUAAUCUUGACUUGGAAUAUCAAGACAAUGGACCUAAGGGCCCUCUAUGGGAGGAGGUUUCAUUGUCAAUGAAGAAGAUUGGUUACAAUCGGAACGCAAAGAGAUGUAAAGAGAAGUGGGAGAAUAUAAACAAGUACUUCAAGAGGGUAAAAGAUAGUAACAAGAAAAGGCCUGAAGAUUCAAAGACAUGUCCAUACUUCGAAAUGCUCGAGUUUAUCUAUGAAAGGAAGUCCAAGAAGGUUGAUAAUUCAGAUAAUUCUGGUUGUUACUCAAAACCUGAGGACAUUUUGAUGCUAAUGAUGGGCCAGCAACAACAACAGCCACCACCGCAGCAGCAGCAGCAACAACAACAACAAAGGCCAGAAUCAUUAACAGAAGAUGGUGAAAGUGAAAACACUGAUCAAAAUCAAGAAGAUAACGGCGGUGAUGACGACGACGACGAUGACAAUGGAGACGAUUAUCAAAUUGUUGCUAACAAACCCUUUUCCGUGACAAACAUAGAGUGAGGAGGAGAGACAAGAUGGAGAAGCUUUUCAAUCAAAGAGGCUGAAGUGGGUGUGAAUCAUUAGAGAGGUGGGGUUGGGUGUUGGGGCAGAGUCAUUGUAGUAGUGGCUGUCCCUUGAAGAUGUGGGUCAGAUUCCCACUGGCUUGAGGUGGGGUUCCGAGUACUACAUUUGAUAUAAUGGAUGCAUCCUAUUGGAAGUAGCAAGUUUCUUGGUAUAUAUACUAGUAUAUAUUCAUCAAUCAUUAUCAUCAUUUUAUUAGGUAAAUAGUAUAUAUAGAGGAAGAAUAGUAUGGUUGGUGUGUGAAUUUGUGAUGUAAUAAACCCCAUGUGUGUAAAAGUUGGAAAUGGUUGGUUGUAUUUGUUUGUAUCAAUAAAGGCUAUUCAUUAAAAAUUAUAAAACAA